CAGUUUUUUUGUUUUCGUUUUAUUUUUCCUUCCCAAUUUUGCUCCGCCACAAUGCCAACUCAUCUCUUCUCUCCACCUAGGGUUUCCAUUUCCGCCAUUGCAGCUCUUUCCUGAACUUUUAGUUUCACUCACAUUGCAUCGGGAUCAGCGCAUUGUUUUGAGAACUAAUUCCAAUUUUUUUAAUUUUCUCCGCAAUUUUAGGGUUUUUUUCCCAAAAUAUUUAUGGUGUAGAUCGAGUGUAUAGAUUCGGAGCUAGCUUUGUGUCUCAAUGGUAUGCUCACUGGGAAGUGGUAGAAUGGCGGUUAUGGCUAGGCUUCUUGAAGCAGGAAGCAUCUCGCCGAGUAUAGCAGAGGAGGUUGGCAAUAAAAAAUUAGCUGCUCAAUUGCAGGAGGCAGAUGAGGCAAAUUUACUUGAUGAAGAAGAUAUGCAUGUCUUUGGCUUGAAGCCCAUGACUGAUCCUUUAAAUUUGGUAUGUUGUAAUGCUUGUAAGAAGCCGGUCAAGGCCAGUCAAUAUGCUGCUCAUGCAGAACUUUGUAGGUCACUAAAAAUCACAGAAGAAAUUAUUUUGGAGCUUGAUGGUAAUACAGGCCAUAGGAAACCUCCAAGGAAGGAAAGGAAGAAGUCACUAGCAGCUUAUGCUAACCAACCUACACUAGCUGGGGACCAGGAAAGAUCCGAAAUUAUUGAUGCUGAUGAUGAUCCUACAGCAUCAGAAUCCCUCGUGGAUGGGCAAAUUGGAAUGACUUCUUCCUUAACCAUGCAUGUGAAACGGAAUUCAACUUGUAUAGAUAUGGGAUAUCUGAUGGAUGGCUCAGGAAUUAGUCCCCAGAAUACUGAUCAAUCGGCCUCUCUAGUGCCACCUUCAACAAAACGCUUUAAAUUGCUAGCUGGUAACCGACUUCCCUUGCCGGAUGAUCCAAAAACAGCUUCUGGUGUGAAAAAGAUUCUAAAUUCACAUGACCUGUAUGCAUCAAAGGACUCUCCAAUUAGAACAGUUUCCAGAAGUGAAACCCUUAACGUUAACUGUAAACUGACAAAAGAUCUGCCUGCCCCUCUUAGUACCAAAAUGUAUUACUCUCAAAGAAAUAGUCGUCUUCGCUUAGCGCUUAGUCAUCAGUACUUCAUUACUUCAACCAAAGAACUUUGCAGUGAAAUGGCUAAUCGACAAGUGUCAAAGCAGAGCACGAUGAUGUUACGGGAUUCUUCUCAGGGGGUCUGUCCUCUUGAACAUGCAGAUAAUCUGCUUACCAAGAAGCAAGAGUCUUCUCUGCAGAAACCCGAUCAAGUUCUUGCUCAAAUUUCAGAAUUUUGCUCGAGUAAAUCUGAGGUGUGCCUGCCAUCCAAUGACUUCUCAAAUCCGCAUCCUGUUGAUAUUAUUCCAAGGCCUCAGGCUGAUUCUGUUGGAUUGACCCGAAGCAAAUAUGUUCCUGAGCACCAUGCUUUUGCUGGAAACUCAGUUUGAUUUUCUGCAGACAAACUGCUGGGGCCUUUGCAGCCUCCUAAUGGAAGUGUUCCUGUUGUAUAGACAGUCCCAGGAUCAAUUUUUUGCUUGGCGAAGGUGUAUUUAGCCAUACAUGAGAUUUAGGAUCCAUUUUUUAAAACCUAGGAAAGCAUAUCUCUUCAAUUGUUCAUUCUAGUCUUCUGAAUUGCACUUUUGACUACUAGCUUCUAUUUAUAUUUCAUGGAAAUGAAGUAAAUAUCUUUCAAUUA